AUGGCCGGCGGUCUUGGGCAGGGGCCUGGGCUGCGCGUGUCCGCCCGGGACGGCGGAAGGCGCCUCCUUUCCCCCGCUCCGGGCGAGGCUUGGAGAUCCGGCCAGAGUAGCAUAUACAAGACAAUGAAGGAUACUGUCGUUGGGCAGCUUCUCAUGCUGCUCAUAGCUUCCGGUGCUGCACAAGCCAUCGCCAGCUCCACCCUUGGGAAUGAAACAGACCGGAUUUCCCUGCUUGAAUUCAAGAAGGCCAUCCUCCUCGACCCACAGCAAGCCUUGGUGUCCUGGAAUAAGAGCACUCACCUCUGCGACUGGGAAGGCGUCUCCUGCAGGACCAAGGAUCUACGCCGUGUCGUCUCUCUUCGCCUUGCGAACCGAGGACUGGUUGGGCAAAUCUCUCCUUGGCUUGGCAACCUGACGUUCCUGAGAAAUCUAGCCCUGCCGACGAACAUUCUUACUGGGAAAAUCCCUCAGUCCCUUGGCCGCCUUCGUCGCCUUCAAACACUCUACUUGAGCAACAACACUCUCCAGGGGAUCAUUCCCAGCUUUGUCAACUGUUCCGGACUCAAGGUUCUGUGGCUGAACAACAAUGGUCUGACUGGGCAAAUCCCUGCAGAUUUCCCUCCAAACAUUCAACAGCUGCAGUUUUCAUCAAACGAUAUUAGUGGAACUAUCCCCCCUUCUCUCGCCAACAUCACAGUGCUCAAGAAGAUUAGCUUUGCGUUUAAUCGUAUCCAUGGCAGCAUCCCUGAUGAGCUCGCAAAGUUGGACGGGCUAGAGAUUCUGUACGUGGGCAGUAAUAAUUUGGUUGGCAGAUUUCCAGCAGCCAUCCUUAAUCUUACCAGUCUCAUUGGCCUGGGACUCAAUACCAAUAUGUUAGGUGGUGAGCUGCCUCCUGAUCUCGGCAACUCUCUACCUAAUCUCCAAAUACUCUCGUUUGCCCAGAACUUCUUUCAUGGCAAAAUCCCACAUUCGUUUGUAAAUAUGUCCAAUGUACAAGUAUUCGACAUAUCAACGAAUAAUUUUACCGGGGUUGUGCCAAGCUCCAUCGGCAGACUCUCUAAACUUGUCGAGUUCAAUAUUCAGAUGAAUAAACUCCAAGCAAGCCACAAGCAAGAGUGGGAGUUUAUGAUUAGCUUAUCCAACUGUACUGAGCUACAAGUUCUAUCGUUAGCAAGCAAUCACUUACAAGGUCAUGUGCCAAGUGCGUUGAGCAACCUUUCCAUUCAACUUCAGCAUCUAUAUUUGGGACAAAAUCAAUUGGAGGGAAGUUUUCCUUCCGGCAUAGCCAACCUCCCAAAUCUGAUCAUUAUGGGAUUGGAUUACAAUCGAUUUACAGGCAUGGUGCCACCAUGGCUUGGAUCUUUCAAAAAAUUGCAAAAACUAAGCUUAUCCACUAACAUGUUUGCAGGCAACAUUCCUUCUUCCCUUUCCAACUUGUCUCAAUUAACAGAACUCCUUCUAGACACAAACCGAUUCAGUGGGCACAUACCCACAGGCUUGGGAAACUUUCAAUCGCUUGCAACACUAAGCAUUUCCAAUAAUAAUCUUCAUGGUGGGGUACCAGAGGGGAUCUUCAGAAUCCCAACAAUCGCGCAAGUUGGGUUAUCGUCUAACAACCUUCAUGGGCAACUUCCUGCCGAAGUAGGCAAAGCCAAGCAGCUCAUGAUUUUGUUGCUUUCAUCCAACAAGUUAUUUGGAGAUAUUCCUAGCACUUUGGGCGAUUGCAGAAGUUUGGAAGACAUUGAGUUGGACAACAAUAUUUUCAAUGGAAGCAUCCCGACUUCAUUUGGCAACCUAUUUAGCCUAAAAAUUCUCAACUUGUCAUACAACAACCUAACUGGACAAAUACCAGAUUCUCUUGGCAAACUUGAGCUUCUUGAACAACUAGAUUUUUCAUUCAACCAUGUUGAGGGUAAGGUUCCAAUACAUGGGAUAUUCAUGAACACAACUGCCACGCAUAUUGAUGGAAAUAAGGGCCUCUGUGGUGGUUCAGCAGACUUACACUUGCCUCCAUGUUCUGUACUCAUCGAUUCUAGUGGAAAUGAUUUUAAAGCACUAGUGUAUGAGUUCAUGCCAAAAGGGGAUUUGCAUAACUUGCUAUACUCAAUGGAAUACGAUGGGAACUCUUCAAAAUUACGCUACAUAUCACUAGCUCAAAGGUUAAGCUUUGUGGUAGAUAUAUCAGAUGCAGUUGCGUACCUGCACCAUAACCACCACGGAAGUAUUGUUCAUUGUGAUCUCAAACCUAGCAAUAUUCUUCUGGAUAGUGACAUGGUAGCUCAUGUUGGAGAUUUUGGACUUGCAAGGUUGCAAGUCUAUCCCGAACCAUCAUCCUCUGGUAACUCGACAUCGAGUUCUUCGGUUGCGAUAAGGGGAACCAUAGGAUAUGUUGCUCCAGGUAUUCUCCAAUUUUGUAUCGGGGGUGGUCAAGUUUCUACUGCCGCAGAUGUUUACAGCUUUGGGGUCAUUCUACUCGAAAUAUUCAUCCGAAAGAGCCCAACAGAUGACACGUUCAAGGAUGGAUUGAGCAUUGCAAAGUUUGCAGAGAUCAACUUCCCUGACAAGAUGUUGCAGAUUGUCGAUCCACAAUUGGCACAAGAGUUGUACCUACGCCAAGAAGCUCCCGUGGCUGAUGACAGUGCAGUACAUUGUUUACGUUCUGUGCUUGAUGUUGGCCUUUGCUGCACCAAGUCAUCUCCAAGUGAACGCAUCAGCAUGGAGGAGGUGGCUGCCAAGCUGCAUCGGAUCACGGACGCAUCAUGCAUAUAUGGGAACUUAAGAGGAACCUGA